AUGGGUAGAAGUAGCACCCGCAGCAGCAGCCUCUGUAGCAGGCGUAGCUUCCGUUGCAGGGGAGGGCGCGGGUAUCCGGUGGAACCAAGGGCCUCCCAAAAGAAGUACCUCCAAGGUGUACAUCCCAAGCACGCAGAUGAGAAGCUACCAACUGUACGCAAGUUGGACGAAAAAUAUUUUGUGGACGAUAAAAAACGAAUCAAGGACCUCAGGAGCGAUAAAAUGGCACUACACGACAGGAGCAGGGAUGAUAAGAAAAGGGAAAGCAAAGAAAUCUUAUACUUUUCGAAACCUACAAAAGGAUAUGAUAAUAAUUCACCCAAGAAAAAGUGCUCAGAGAAAGAAAUAGAGGAACUCAUAUUUAAAUAUAAAAAUAAUGACACGUAUGAAUCUGCUCGAAAAAAAAAAUACAUGGACAGAAGGCACACGCACCAGGAUACGAAGACGCAUUACGACUCGCUAAGUUAUAAUGGCAAUGUUCUGUUUCCCUCGGAAGAUGACUCUAGAGGUGUGUAUUUCGACAGAGGCGCGUCCGCUGCUACUAUGGCCGCUACUACUGCAGCCACAAGCGAACCCACUACUGCACCCACUACCGCGGCAGAUGGGGAAAAGAUGGAUGAUUAUUCUGGUCUGUCCCCUUCAAGUAGAAGGAGACACGACUUGAGAGGUUCCCCCUCCAGGGGAUAUUACCACCGAGUAAGUGAGCACACGGAUUACUGCAAACGAGACAGCAUCAUCAGUGACCUGUCCUGUGCCACUGGGUUUUUGCCAUGCACGUACAGGGGGGAGUACGAUAGGGAGGAGGGUGCUACACGCGGGGGGAGGGUUACUACCUCCUGGCGAGACUCUCAUAGGUGUACCUCUCUCAAUAGCGACGACAACCACGGAGACAUCUCCGCAGACUAUUCCAAAUGUAAGAAAAAACGGUUAAGUGGAAAUGUAAUGGGGGAUAGUUGCAGAAGAGGCAUGGAUCAUAUGAACGGGUCAGGCAAAUCAACCCAUUUAGGAAAUAAAAAAGGAGAGGAAAUUGAUUUGACAGGAGAAUAUUCUGAUGAAGAAUCGAAGGGGGAAAAAAUGUGCCAUAAUUACUCAAAAGGUGGAAGAAGUUUGUAUAAGACUUUUUUGAAUUUAACGGACAAGUAUGAAAAAAUAAAAAACAAGGAAGGUAGCAGUGAUACAGAGGGCUUCAGAUUAGAUGAAACAAAUACCAGGUCGAGAAUUAAGUCCUGUAACAGGGACGAGGGAAGGCAAGAUAAGCUAAUUAGAGAUCCCCUACGAAAUGAUAAGAGUUAUUCGACCCAUUUUUACAAAAGCAGAGACUACAACUUUGACGAGAGCAGUGCACCAUUUUACAAAGAGAGGAAUAAACAAAAGUAUGCAGAUGUAGCCGAUAUAGAAAAUUACGUAAAAGGAUAUGAUGUGAGGAGAAGCAGUUUUUCGAGAAGGGAUUCUAACCAUAAGGGGCAAAGAGUUUUUAAGGGUGUCCCCUGCUUUGAUGAUAUGCUGAAGCACCGUUCGGAUGAGUCCUGUAACUAUGAAGUUUCCCCCAUAAGGAAAGGACACAACGAAGAACGCGUACAAGGUAGCAGCUGGGAUCAUCGUGAAGGGGGAAAAAUAAUCAAAUCGUUAAGGGGCACUCCAAUCAAAACAUUUAGCCCUCACCACACUCUAGAAGAUGAAUCCUUUAGAAGAAGCGUCACAAAAGGGGGAAAAAACAGCCCUACAAAUGUACAUAUAGGUGACAAGAUAAAUCCUUGUAGUAUAGACAAAACAAAAAUACCUUCACACCAUUUCAAUAAUACACAGCUACGUACGACCACCCGUUCGCAUGACUCCAAUGAUUGCUCCACCUUGUAUGAUUAUGUAAACUAUUCUAAUAAGAGAAUUAGUGGUUACUGUGACAGUGAUGCCCAUUUAAACAGCUCACCGGGAUGUCAUUAUCCCUCUGGUGUUAACGACGCAUGUGCAAAAAGCAGAGAUAGGUUUUCAUCUGUUCUGAGUAAAAUUCAAACAAAAAAGAAUAACAAAAAUGAUAACCCGAAUUGCUCCUCUCAUUUUAAGUCUACUGCUUUGAGGGGUUCCUGCCUGGACGGGGAUUGCGAGAUGUUCCCUCUUCAUUCCUAUGCCACGAAAAAUACGCACCUUGAGAAAUCGUAUAAGGGGGAUACUCUGCCAUCCCCUCGGGGGAGACCACCAAGUAGGAGAAGUCAUAGAGUGGAAGAGGACUUAUCGGCCUCUAAGUUUAACAUGCAGGAUGUGGACUGCCAGAAUAUCAGUGAUUCUGUUGGGCAUGCGCCCGUUGGCAGUAUAAAACGUUAUGAUGGUCGGAGUUAUUUUCCCCCAAAUGAUUUCUGUGGGGACACUAACGAUGUGUCGUACAGAGGGAAAUGUUGUACGGGGGAACUCCCCCCAUAUGAACGGAAGCAAAGUUUGCGUAACCCCUGUCGGGAAAAAAAACACAUAAAGAAUUUGCUAAGUUAUGUUUGUGACGAAGGUGGAGGGGGGGAAAGGGACGAGUUUUUAAAAAGCAUAGGACACAAAUACCUCUACACACAAGGGGAAGAAUUACUAAAUAGUAUUCUGAAUUUGAAAAAAAUGAAAUCAUCCCGACAAGUUGCGCCCAAUGCGGAAGAAGAAGGCGGAUACAACAGCGAUGGUUCCAAGGAGCACUAUGAAAACGAACGGAAUGCGCAUUACCACAGUUGGAAAUGCAAUCCUGCCGGGAAGAGCAGUAAAGACAAUAUGCGUCAGACGGCUUCGUUUCAGUAUUUGAAGAACCGCUCCUACACGAGGCCCAUGCGUGUUGGCGACUUUGAUGUGGGUGAUGCCGAAGCUGCCCAUUGCGGGAAUGGCAUGGAUGACCGGGACUGUGCAGACUUGUAUGACCACGGGUAUAGUGGUGAGUACGGUGAAGAGUAUAGCCGGGAGCACAGCGGACAGCACAACGGGAAGCAUACUGACAAGGAGCAACGGAACCGAAGCCGCCAGGGCCCUCCCUACUGUCGUGACUUUUUCGUUCUCCUCUUUCUGUACCUUUUGAAAAUUUUACACUAUUUACUCAGAUACCUGAUACAGUUUGCACUGCUGCUCAUGGUGUACUUUUAUCACAUGAUGCGCACGAAAUCUCUUGCAACGAUAUUCAUUUCAGUCCUGGUUGCUAUUCCUCUUUUUUUGUUUCUGCUGUCGGUGCUUAUACUGUUCUACAGAAGUGUCAACACAGAGUUUUUCGACCGGGACAUCUGA